CACGCGGACGGCUGAUGCUGUUGGUCCGCAUAAAUUUUAGUAUGCGGUCAUCGGGUGGUUCUCGUCUCCAGCGACGAUAAAGGUCAGAUUUGGGCGAGAGAGUUUCUUUCUUUCGCUUGCCCUGCUUGUUUCGCUUCUGCUAUUCUCAGUUCCAGGUUGUCAGUGUUUUUGUUGCAAUUGACCCAAAGAUUGGAUGACCCAAAUGCUGCGAGAUUAUAGAAAUGGGUUUCAUCGUGGCCAUGAGGAUGAGUAUGAGGAUGAUGAGUAUGAUGAAUAUGAAGAUGAGGGUUCAGAGGGCGAGGAAGAAGGUGAACAAAAACAAGAGGAAGAACGAAAACCGAGCAAGGAAGAGUUGGAGUUCCUCAAGCUAAGGGAGGAGCGUAAGGAGAUGUAUAGGCAGAAGUUGAAGAAACAGAGUGCCAAAGAUUUUGGUCAUUCCAUUCUAUCAAAAACUAGUGAAAGGACAUUGGCUAACACAAAAUUUGGCUCCUUCUUUGGACCGUCUCAACCAGUCAUUGCUUCUCGAGUUCUUGAUGAAAGCCGCUCAAUAAGAGAAACUCAGCAUAUUAUUUCCAAACCUCCCAGUUCUUCCGGGAAUGAAAGAGUUUCUGUCUCUGCAUCCCAAGAGAAAAAGUUUUCUGAACAUCAUCAUCGUCCGAAAGUUAACGAGGUCAAGAGGAAAGUGCAAACUCUAAAAGAUUCGCGGGAUUACUCAUUUCUUUUAUCUGAUGAUGCGGAUUUGCCUGACAACAAGGCGCCGCAGACUACAACGCGGCAUGUUUCUGCACCAAUGACCGAUGCUCGGUCAACUCAGGCAGCAUUAAAGACCAAGAUUCCUACAAGCAAACCAUUGAAAUCUACCUCCAAUGGCCAUGACAUGAAGAAUGCUGUACAGGUAAGUAGACCAAUGCAGACUAAGGUACCAAUGAAAGGGUUUCAUGUGAGCAGGCCACCACCAUCUUCUUCAGAACCUCGAAAAAUACCUGUCAGUAAAGUUGGUGGAAAUGGCCAUAACAGACCUGUAGGGCCUAAACCUUUAGCUGCGCCAUCCAAGGUUUCUGUGCAGUCCAAGGUUCCUGUUGAGGUUAUUGGUACAAACAAACCUGGCUCAAAAUCUAUGAAUGGGUUGAUUUUGAAAAAAAAUAUUUCAACAGCAAAGCCUCAUUCUUCCACUCAAAAUCAUUAUGCUGAGCAAAAGAGACCAAGUCAGGCGGCAGAUAGAGUUAGAGCAGCACCUAAACCAGCAGCACCAAGGCUGACACCACCUUCCUUAAAAUCUCAACCUCCUAAGCCAAUUUCAUCCCAAAAUAUUCGUGAUGAGUCUCAAAAGAAGAAGCCUGUAAGAAGAAGACCAGAUGGAGAUGACGAGGAUGAUGCUAUUCAAAUGAUUAGGAAUAUGUUUCGGUAUAAUCCUAGCAAAUAUGCAGAUAUGGAUGAUGAUGAUGACAGUGACAUGGAAGCUGAUUUUAGUCAAAUUGAAAGAGAGGAGAGGAGAAGUUCUCAGAUUGCUAGGAGGGAGGAUGAGGAGCAGCUCCUUCUCAUCGAGGAAGAAGAAAGGCGAGAGAGAACGCGAAAGAAGCUCAAGUCAACUAAAAGAUGAUGCAGGCACUGCUGCCCUUUUUCCCUGCUUGUUUGUUAACGAAAGGCUGAAAGUGGUGCUGCAAUCAGCUGCCAUUUAUCAAUUCCAUGAAUAACUUUUCUUCCUAAAAUUGGAGGUUUGAUGACCACAUUGCUUCUGAAUCAACAAAUAAUGCUGUUGUUGUAGAGAGGUUUGUGUGCAUCUCAGUAGUUGGAGCUCUAGCAGUGUAUAUUUUCUGAACUUAUUUGGGGAUGAGAAGGAAAUUCUUAGAGUUCGAUUAUUUGAGAAACUCUUUUUUUUUUUUUUUCCUUACAUUUAUUUGAACUAAAAAAUUCAGCUUCUUUUA